CAAUCAGCCUAGAAGUCAGUGAUCACCAAUCCUCUAAACCCAUGUUUUAGGGUUUAUGGUAAGGCUAAUUCUCACCACCACUGUCCCUCCAUUUGCGCGCUCUCUCCCGCUCUUUUGUCUACCAUGUGAGAAUCCGUUACUUUCUCGCUGGUGUGCUCUGCACAAACCGCUCAAUUUGGAACUCUCAUUUUUGCUUUAAUCCUUUUCCAAUUUUAAAACCUUUUAUGCACAGCCCCAAUUUGUUUUCUUGUUUUCUGGGGUAAAUCUUUUGUUUCAGCGAGUUUUAAGCAAUGGCGAGAGGCCCUGCUACGUCUUUGCUUCGAAUCUACGCUUCUAAAAAAGACAUGUCCAAGGUUAGGGCAUUGCUAUUGAAUCAAUACCUCAGCUCUUUUGGGAAAUAUGACCGCUCGGAAUCCCAAAAUCCACCGUUCAGGCCCGCUUUUGGUGUCCCAAACCGUCCGUUUUCUACAAGUUUGAUAAACCUAGCUCGUUCUAAAUUUCCUUCGCAGACCCCAAAAUGUUCUGGCUUUGAAACCCUUGUUGCGAAACCAUUUUCGUCGAUUGUCGAAGACGGGAACGACGAUAGUGUGAGUAGCUCGGCGUUGGUUGAUUCAGAUUGUGAAUAUGACGCGGAUGUUGGGAAAGCUAUUGAAUUUGAGCAUGUAAAUGACAACCCUGCCUGUGAUUCUGAAAAUUCUGAUAAAGGGGUUAAUAUGAUAGAAUCUGAGGAUGUUAAUGGCGGUGCUCAUUCAGGGAAGAGUGUGGGGUAUAAGCAUGUUAUGCAUCGCAAUCCCGUUGAAUUGUAUCAAGAGCUUCGCAAUGCUGAAAAGGGUGUGAAGCUGAGACGGUCUGAUUGGGAUACUCUUCAAGAAAUAUUCCGUUACUUGAAAAGGUCAGGUUGGGCAUCUGAUCAAGCUCUUGCAAUUUACAUUGGCAAGGCAUUUUUUCCUACCGCUGUGCAUAAUUUCCAGUGCUUUUGCUUCAAGAGACUUUCAGCUGAUAUUGCGGGUUACGUGGUGUCUCUUGGUCCAUCUGAUGCUGCAGUUAAGUUUCUGUUCCCUAUAUUUGUAGAAUUUUGUUUGGAAGAAUUUCCUAAUGAGAUUAAGCAGUUUCGGAGCAUGAUUGAAUCCGCGGAUCUCACUAAGCCUCACACAUGGUUCCCAUUUGCGAGGGCCAUGAAAAGGAAGAUAAUUUAUCACUGUGGUCCGACCAAUAGUGGUAAGACUUACAACGCUUUGCAACGAUUUAUGGAAGCAAAGAAAGGUAUUUAUUGCAGUCCUCUCAGGCUGUUGGCUAUGGAAGUUUUUGACAAGGUUAAUGCAAAUGGGGUUUAUUGUAGCCUUCUUACGGGUCAAGAAAAGAAAUAUGUUCCAUUCUCGAACCAUGUUGCUUGUACAGUGGAAAUGGUGUCAACUGACGAAUUAUACGAUGUUGCCAUUAUUGAUGAAAUCCAGAUGGUAGCAGACCCAUAUAGAGGUUUUGCAUGGACACGAGCACUGCUUGGGCUGAAGGCUGAUGAGAUACAUUUGUGUGGAGAUCCUAGCGUGCUGAAUAUUGUUCGAAAGAUAUGUGCAGAUACUGGGGAUGAGUUGCACGAGCAGCACUAUGAGAGGUUUAAGCCAUUAGUUGUUGAAGCCAAAACACUUUUGGGAGAUCUAAAGAAUGUACGGUCAGGGGACUGUGUGGUUGCGUUUUCGAGGAGAGAGAUAUUUGAGAUUAAAUUGGCCAUUGAAAAGCAAACCAAACAUCGUUGUUGUGUUAUUUACGGCGCCUUGCCUCCUGAAACUCGCAGGCAGCAAGCAACUUUGUUCAAUGAUAAGGAUAAUGAAUAUGAUGUGCUUGUUGCUAGUGAUGCAGUGGGAAUGGGUCUGAAUCUUAAUAUUAGAAGGGUUGUAUUUUAUGGCCUUUCAAAAUACAAUGGUGAUAGGACUGUUCCAAUUCCAGCUUCACAGGUAAAGCAGAUUGCUGGAAGAGCUGGUCGGAGAGGAAGCUGCUAUCCAGAUGGACUCACAACCACACUACAUUUAGAUGAUUUGGACUACUUGAUUGAGUGUCUGAAGCAACCUUUUGAUGAUAUCAAGAAAGUAGGUCUCUUUCCCUUUUUUGAGCAGGUUGAGCUGUUUGCAGGGCAACUCCCUAAUGUUACAUUCUGCCAGCUACUUGAAAAAUUUGGAGAAAAUUGCCGUCUGGAUGGGUCAUACUUCUUGUGUCGACAUGAUCACAUAAAGAAGAUUGCCAACAUGUUGGAAAAGGUCCCCGAAUUAUCUCUGGAAGAUCGUUUUAAUUUCUGUUUUGCCCCUGUUAAUAUCAGGGACCCAAAGGCUAUGUACCAUCUGCUACGUUUUGCUUCAGCUUACGGUCAGAAGGUUCCCGUCAAUAUUGCUAUGGGCAUGCCAAAGGGUUUUGCUCGCAAUGAUAAAGAGCUCUUGGAUCUUGAGACUAAACAUCAGGUGCUGUCUAUGUAUUUGUGGUUGUCACAGCACAUGAAAGCGGAUACAUUUCCAUAUAAGAAGAAAGCCGAGGUGAUGGCAACUGACAUUGCUGAGUUAUUAGGUCAGUCUCUCACUAAUGCUAAUUGGAAACCAGAGUCAAGGUGGACCGGGAAACCAAAACCUCAGGAGAAGGAGAAGGAAGAUGCUUAUGACAGGCCAAGGUCUCUGAUCAAACUAUAUAAUAAGAGGAGGAAUGACAAAUCCUUAAAACAAGAGCAUUCGGAGAAAAUAACUGCAUGGUGAUAGCAUUCGGAAAAAAUAACUGCUUAGUGAUCUUACAGGCGCUGAUCAAGGCUUUGAUGAUGAAUGAACUGUGAUUGAAUACACAUGGCCCUGUUAUGGGGCAUUCAGAAUCUCAACAGCUUUCUUAUAGAGCUUUACAGUCUUGCAAAGCUGAGCUGCGUGGUUCAGACCUCUAGUCAGUAGCAACUUUCUUCGUGUUGCAUUUGCUUAAUAUUUCAUGAACCAAUGUUUGUACCAUCUACAGGAACACAGAAAGGAGGAAGUCCACUACCCUCACGGGCUUCUGAUUUUUUUUGUCAACUAUAUUCUCUUACCAGUUCGCUGUUAUUGGUGUAAUGUUACUUUCAAGUCGAGGAUAGACUAGGGUAUAAUUUAUUUAUUUAAAUUUUUUUUUUCUUUCCCUCUCCCUAUAUACAGAAUCAGAACAUGUAUCGGUUAGAGCAUUUAGAGUCCUAAAGACGAAUGUUAGGAGUCUAUGAGUAGGUUGGCUUGCUGCAGAUGCAGGUUUACAAGAGUAUUGUUUUGGUUCAAAUGCAAGUUUGCUAGGGUUCUAUAAGUUUUGUUCCUUACAAAUAGAGCAUCGGUAAAACAUUUGUUUUGUAUCAUUGUUGUUAAACAGUUUUAUCGGUUAUAAUUAUGAGGAAGAAUAGAGAUAACUCGGAGGUGCUUUUGACGGUU